GCAUAAGAGUAAUUAGGAAGAAAGAUGAGUUCAGGUGCAAAAUACAGAGGGAUUCGGAGGAGAAAAUGGGGGAAAUGGGUGUCGGAAAUUCGAGUUCCAGGUAGUAGUGAACGGCUUUGGCUAGGUACUUACACUAGCCCUGAAGCUGCAGCUAUAGCACAUGACAUAGCCUAUUAUUGUCUCCGUCCAGAAUCAUCGUCUUUACAUAAAUUAAACUUCCCUUCCAUGUUACCGCCUAAUGUUCAACCUGGAAUGUCACCAACAUCUGUACAAAAAGUUGCCUCUGAUGCUGCCAUGGCUAUUGAUGCUCAGUUUCUUACAACACCAACACCUGCUGAUCAACAACAUCGUCAAACUGUUGAUAAUUAUCGGCAAAAUCAAGAUCUCAACAUUUCUAUUGAAGAUUAUCAAUAUUGA